AGCCGCCCUCUCUCCGUCCUACCUGUGCCGGAACACACGAGGGGAAAAGCAAGUAAAGACACGUAAAGAUGUAGCUGCAUUUCUGAGGGCAGGGCUGGCAGGAGCAGAGGGCAGCGCGGCCAGGUGCGUGCGGCCGCUCCGCGGGCUGCGCGGGGUGGAUGCGGAGCUGGGCCGCGCCGCCGCCAUGGAGCACAUCCGGAUGCCCAAGGUGGAAAAUGUUCGGUUGCUUGAUCGUUUGUCUUCAAGGAAAUCUGCACUGGGAACUUUGUAUUUAACAGCUACCCAUGUUAUAUUUGUGGAGAAUGAUUCUGAAACUCAUAAAGAAACCUGGAUCCUCCAUAGUCAAAUUUCCUCUGUUGAGAAGCAGGCCACCACUGCCACUGGCUGCCCAUUGCUGAUCCGCUGCAAGAACUUCCAGGUCAUCCAGUUGGUCAUCCCUCAGGAACGAGACUGCCAUGAUGUUUACAUAUCUCUGAUACGUCUGGCACGGCCAGUGAAAUAUGAAGAGCUGUAUUGUUUCUCAUUCAACCCAAAACUGGACAAAGAAGAACGAGAACAAGGCUGGAAGCUUGUGGACCUCAAUGAAGAAUACAAUCGAAUGGGUAUUCCAAACAACUACUGGCAAAUUAGUGAUGUAAACAGAGACUAUGGAGUGUGCGACUCCUACCCUACAGAAGUGUAUGUGCCGAAGUCUGCGACUGCACACAUCAUAGUAGGGAGCUCUAAAUUCCGAAGCCGAAGGCGUUUCCCAGCUCUUUCCUACUACUGCAAGGAUAACAAUGCCUCCAUAUGCAGAAGCAGCCAGCCUUUAUCUGGCUUUAGUGCUCGAUGCCUUGAGGAUGAACAGAUGCUCCAAGCCAUUAGAAAAUCAAAUCCAGGAAGCGAUUUCAUAUAUGUUGUUGACACUCGGCCCAAACUCAAUGCAAUGGCGAACAGAGCAGCAGGGAAGGGAUAUGAAAAUGAAGACAACUACUCCAACAUCAAGUUUCAGUUCAUAGGCAUUGAGAACAUCCAUGUCAUGAGAAACAGUCUGCAGAAAAUGCUUGAAGUUUGUGAGCUGAAGUCGCCUUCCAUGAGUGAUUUUCUGUGGGGCCUAGAAAAUUCUGGCUGGCUGAAGCAUAUCAAAGCCAUUAUGGAUGCUGGCAUUUUUAUUGCAAAGGCUGUGGCUGAGGAAGGUGUGAGUGUGCUUGUUCACUGCUCUGAUGGCUGGGAUAGGACAGCUCAGGUUUGCUCUGUAGCAAGCCUUCUAUUGGAUCCAUAUUACAGAACUAUGAAGGGAUUCAUGGUGCUAAUUGAAAAAGACUGGGUUUCCUUUGGUCACAAAUUUAACCACAGGUAUGGCAAUUUAGAUGGAGAUCCAAAGGAGAUAUCCCCUGUUAUCGACCAGUUCAUCGAGUGUGUUUGGCAAUUAAUGGAACAGUUUCCUUGUGCCUUUGAAUUCAACGAGAGAUUCCUCAUCCACAUACAGCAUCACAUCUAUUCUUGCCAGUUUGGGAAUUUCCUGUGUAACAGCCAGAAGGAGAGACGAGAAUUGAAAGUCCAAGAACGAACAUAUUCAUUGUGGGCUCACUUGUGGAAAAACCGUGCUGAUUACCUGAAUCCUUUGUACAGAGAAGACCACAGCCAAACUCAAGGGACCCUGCACCUGCAGAUGGCUCCAUGCAACUUCUUGUACAAGUUCUGGAGUGGCAUGUACAACCGCUUUGAAAAGGGGCUGCACCCUCGACAGUCAGUCACAGAUUAUCUGAUGGCAGUGAAGGAAGAAACGCAGCAGUUGGAAGAAGAGCUGGAGGUCCUAGGAGAGAGAUUGGCAAAUCUUCAGAAAUCACAAUUAAAUGAUAGUACAGUCAAGAGUAAGCAACAAGACCGGAGCAAACAGUUAGGCCUUUCUACUUCCAACAACAGCUUAGCUAACACACCCCAGGAGUACAGCAAUGAUCUGAAAUCAUUCCCAUCCCGGAGCCCGUCACAAGGAGAUGAAGAGGAUUCAGCCCUGAUUUUGACACAAGACAACCUGAAAAGCUCUGAUCCUGACCUCUCAGCUAACAGUGAUCAGGAGUCCGGUGUGGAGGACUUAAGCUGUAGGUCCCCAAGUGGAGGUGGCUGCUUGCAGAGUGAAGACAGUGGCAAGGAUUCAGAUGAGGCUGUGUUUCUGGCGGUCUGAAAUACCUUCACAACAGCAAGGAUGCAGAUGAAGCUGAGUCUUUCAUAGACUGGAAUGCCAUCCUUUCAUCAGAUGAAGAAUGCGAGCGGUCUGUGGCCUAAAGAAAUAAUCCAAAGAAAGGGAACUGUGCAAUUGUGUAAGUAAAGAUCUAAGCAGAACAAGCCAUUAUUAGUUCUAAGACACACUGCUAAAGAAAGGUAUUCUCUACUGUUCUAAAUUAUUUAGUUAAGCCAAUGUGGUUUUUAUCACUGCUGUACAUAAUUACUCCUUACAUCAUAUAUUUCCAUAAUUAUUUAUUGUAUGAAACAAUAGUUCUUCUCCAAAGAUGUAGAAUUCCAAAGUACUCUCUCACACCUAGGAGCAAGGUCAAAGAUUCAGUAGUGUUAGUCUUACUGGUGAAUCAGUCAAAUUUUUUUUUUGAUAGAGCUCUUUCACCUUCAGCUAUCUUCUGUAUAUGCUUCACUUUUGUUUUCAUGAGAGUCAAGUUCCAAUGUUGGAAUUGAAUUCCAACAAUUAUUUACAUAUUCUGCUACUAGAAUCCUAUGUGGCAAAGGAGAAUUAACAAAUGGACAUGCUCAUGUAGGAGACAAACAAAACUUGGAUCCUGUGAAAAUAUCUUUUAGCAAGCAGCUGCUGCUACUGCUCCACAGGAAUGCGUUUGUAUCCAACUCUCAACCAGUGUUGAAAGUUCAGUCAUUCCUGUGAGCAGAACUUCCACAGCUGUUGAGGUAAAGCAUUAGAAAAUGACAGGUAGAGUUUGCUCUACCAGCUAUGUUUUGUUCUCAGGUUUGAUUGUUUAUAUCUUAUAUCCAUGCUCCAAACCACAUAUGUAAGAUGUAAAGCUAAAAUCUUGAAAGUGACAAACCCCCACAUUCUCCAGCCUGUCUUGAUUGUUACUUCAGUAUAUUCGAGGCACAUACACAGUAGAGCAUAGGGAACCCACUAUCACUUAUAAAAAUCGUUUAUGAAAGUGCCUCUCCAAAUCCAGAACUCAAGGAAGGUUAUACCCAUAAAUGAACUGCCAUCAAGAACAUUUCCUCCAAGUUUCUUGUUCAAAAUAAACCACAAGGGGAGUUAUUUUUUAAUCCUGACAGAAUCUCCCCUUUAGGAUUGGACAACCUGAAGAGAGCACUGGUAUGCUAAUUUGAGAAAAACACUGAUUCACCACAAGAGAAAGUUUAACCAUACUUGGUUUAAGAAUUUUCAAGAGUAGGAGUAAUAGAUUUCAUCAUCAUAGAUAUGGAAGCAAACCACUGAAAAAUAUUUAAAUUCUAGAAUAUUUUGAAACCGACUAAACAGCCUCCUGCAUCAGGAUGUAAUUCUUCUGGGAUUUUGGGUUGGAUAUUUUCUUUGGUUGGGUGAGGUGUUGUUUGGGUUGUUUUUCAUUUUGUUUUGAUUGAUUGUUUGCUUUGAAAUUAUUACAGGAAGCAGUUAAAAAUACAAUUCAUAUGGCUGCUCUUACAUGCUUGGAGGCAAUGUGGUGUUGAACUCUAGUAAAGCAAAACGGUAGGAACAGAAGUUUACUUUCAUUAAAUUUCAUCCUACUCCACAUACAGACAGGCAGAAGUAAGUUCUAUAAAUAUACCUCAGUUUAGAGUUUCUAUUCAGUCUGCUUUUAUGGAAUGGGCUUUUCCUUCUGCUCUAUGAACUUAUCACUAAAAAUGAAUACAUAAACUUCAGUGUUACUAACAUCCUCUGAAGGGAGCUGCUGUCUUUGAGAAAGUAGGUCAAUUCUUAAUGUUAUUAAACACUGGACAGGUAAGAUCUUCAAUUUGACAAAUGGCUGUGGCUCAAUUGAAAUAAAUACAGCUAUAAUUUGUACCUUGUUGAGAAUCUUGCCUUCCAGUUUUUAACCUUUAUGGAUUUUUAAUAAUGUCCUGAUUUUAAUUGCACUUUCAAAAAAGGUUUCAUGUUUUAAACAUACCUUGUAAAAGUAGUGAUAUUAAGGGAGAAUUUUGAACAAGUUUUCUCAAAGUGAAGAAACAUUACUGUAAAAUCAGCAGCGAAAGCAAAAGGCAGAAAUAUUCUGCCUACAGAUGAGUUAGAAAAAGGGCAGUAUUAUUGCACAUCCUUAAAGUGUAAAAUUGUGCAUGAUGGUUUGGUGUCCUCUUAGACAUGCCUAGAAAUAAAUGCAGAGCAGCAAUAUAUGCAAACUGAAAGCACUGUCUUCAUGUCGCUUAUGCAACUCCUUGUGACUUACCUUUACGACUGACAUAUUAACAUACUAACUUUUUAUAUAAAGCCUUUAUUUAGCUGCCCUCUGUGAUGCAUUUUUUUAGUCCUUGGAAGUUUACCUUAGCUAUUACUGCUUUCAUUGUUAUGUAUGUAUUUGUGGCAGUAUUAACCUGCUGAAAAACAACUUCAAAUAAACAUUUAGGUCAUUUAGUGUUA